UAGCUGGGGAGUUCUAGCUUCCAACACGGCGAAGCCCGCUCGCUCAGUUCGUUCGGGACUUUGGAAGCGUUCGGUUUAUCAUCAGGUGUAAUUGUCUUAUCGUUUUCUAUUUUUUUUUUACCGUCGACAGUCGGGAAUGAAAAAACUGGCCCAGAUACUACUACUGCAGAUUCGCGUUCCGUUGAUUAAAGCCGCGCGCGGACAGGACGCGCGCGCUAGCUAUUGAUUUAUUAGUAAGUGAAACAAACGAGCAAAGGUGAAUCGGAUGCGGUUCAGUUCCCCUGGUGGAAGCUAGUUGGAGCAAGAGGAACAGAAUAGCCGCAUGCCAAGCCGGCUCGGGCACGUACCUCACACGUCCGACCGACGCUUUGCUUUGGUGUCAAACAGAAAUCACAGAAAGUGCUGCCUGCCUGCCGGUUGUGGAAGCGAAUGAUAAGCGAGUUUGGUGUUUUUUUUCUAUGAUUUGUCAGUAGGCUCACCAUCCGAUGUCGGCCGGCACACUUUUGCGGGAAUACUGGCAGCACUGCCCGGAGAGUCUAAACUGAUGGUAGCAGCAGCCGCAGCAGAAGUAGCAAUUCCUGAAAGUUUGUCAGUUAAAUCAUCCUCCACUUCACUGUCGACACUUUCGGGACCAUCCGUCGGAGAGGAACCGUCACCGUUCGCAUUGGAUCGACCCCUUUGCGAGUCCGUUCGGCGGUACGUAGAGGAAGAUUCGGACAAUUUGAUCGGUGAAAAGAUCACAGUUCACUCGGAGAUCAGAGAGGAAGACUGUGAAGUCGGGGCGUUUGAAAACUUACCGGGAGCCACUUCGGUGUUUGACAAGCCUCAGUUGGACGAGAGCGAAGAGAUUUCUGUUGCAGCGGAAGAUUCGACUCAAACUAAAAGCCAAACUUCAAUUCCUUUGCUUGAGGAGGUAGUGGAGGACAUGUUGGACAUGUCAAUACAGGAGCCGUCAUCAGUUGAUUCCACGUCGGGGAAAAUGCAGGAAGAAGAAAUACCUGGAAGCGAAUUGAGCGAAACAAACAGCACAAAGCCUGCUGUGAUUUCUCAUGAAAUUUUAGCUUCAACCCCUGAUUCGACGUCACAAGAAACGAGACUGUCUUUUGAAGAGGAGCAAACGAAUGUUGAUCAGGCCACAGUUGAUCAUAUCUGUCAAGACGCAGCCCGAUCCGAAUCAUCACUUUCCACCGUUGAUGACCGAUCGAAAUCGCCAUCCACGGCAACCACGGAAGCCGCGUCAACGGGGUUCGGGGAAAGUUUCUACAACCGGUCUCGCCGGGCUUCAUCACAGCAACGUCGACAGGUUCAGUUUAGUGACAUCUGUUCCGGCGAUUCCAGCAGUCCAACAAGACGAUCGUCGAGAGGUCUGGCAACGUCACAUUCAACAUCGUCGCUGGCGCUUCUUCGCAUCCAACAAUCGUUGGAUAGUUCCCGGCAACUUUUGCAACUGCAACAGGCAGAGCAGCAGCAACCGGUCACAGUCGUCGUCCAACGUCGACCCCAGCGGUCCUACACUAGCCGGCAUCAUCGCUCCAGCUUGAUACUACCCUGAAAUCAAAUGCUCUAACCUAGCGUGGUCUGAAAUACAUAAACUAUGUUUAAUGUU